CGUAUACGCGCGUGCCGAACACGAUUCGUAAGUCCUACACUCAUCCUCUGCCAAAUUAAUUCCGCUCUCCGUCUGUCUGUCUCUCUCUCCUUUGCGGUGUUAAAGUGAUUCAAAGUUGUUAUCUGAAACAGAUAGAUUCAAUCAGUUAGGCAAGUUUUUCUUGUUUGGACCUUCAAAAAAUGUACCCCGGUGGUUAUACUGCAGAAGUAACAAACCUAUCUCCUAGAGCAAUGGAGAAGGUUGUUUAUGAGUUCUUUGCUUACUGUGGUGAAGUUGAACAUGUGGAAAUCAUCAGAUCUGGUGAAUAUGCUUGUACUGCCUAUGUGACAUUUAAAGAUGCUUAUGCACUGGAAACUGCUGUCCUGCUCAGUGGAGCUACAAUUGCAGAUCAAGAUGUGUGCAUAUCCCGCUGGGGAACAUAUAUUGAUGAAUCAGAUCCUUGGAAUAACCCGUCAUGGAACCUAGGAGAUGAAAAUAACUCAACACAGGCCACUGACACGAGUCAAUUCAUUUCUACUCCUGGUGAAGCCAUAACUGUGGCACAAGAGGUAGUCAAAACCAUGAUAUCACAGGGAUAUAUAUUGGGGAAAGAUGCAUUAAUCAAAGCCAAAGCCUUGGAUGAGUCCUAUCAAGUGUCGUCUACUGCAGCAGCCAAGGUUUCAGAGCUCAGCAACAGAAUUGGUCUCACUGACAAGAUUAAUGCUGGCGUGGAGGCUUUUAAAUCCGUGGACGAAAAGUACCAUGUUUCAGUGGUCACAAAGACAGCUGCGUCGUAUACAGGGAGAACAGCAGUGGCAGCUGCGAAUGCUGUUGUCAACAGCAGUUACUUUUCCCGUGGAGCUCUUUGGGUUUCGGAUGCCCUCACUCGUGCAGCCAAUGUUGCAUCUGAUUUGGGCAGCCAUGAUGUUAAAAAGUGAACUUUUGGGUCAGUAAACAUACAUUAUAGCUGGUAGUGAUGGACAACAACUAGACAGUUUUCUCUGUUAAAGUGUAUUGGUGAACAUGUAUGUACAUUAGUAGAUUGACGAGCUGCAACCUAAUGCUUACAGGUUUCUGUCAUCUGUGCAGAAAAUUUUAAAAAUUUUGAUCUGCCAACUUUAUGUAAUGUGGUUAUUUUACUCUGUUACAGGUUUCGCAAUCCAACAUCAUGUUCUUCUCUUCA